AUGAUAACUUUGUUGGACCUCUACCAUGUUCUCACGGCUGUGGUACCGCUCUACGUCGCCAUGAUCCUCGCCUACGGCUCCGUCAAGUGGUGGAAGAUCUUCACGCCGGACCAAUGCUCCGGCAUCAACCGCUUCGUCGCGCUCUUCGCGGUGCCACUCCUCUCCUUCCACUUCAUCUCCACCAACAACCCCUACGCCAUGAACUACAAGUUCAUAGCGGCGGAUUCGCUUCAGAAAGCCAUAGUCCUCGCUGUGCUCUUCGUCUGGUGCAGGACCAGCUCAAGGGGCUCUCUCGAAUGGUCCAUCACGCUCUUCUCCCUCUCCACGCUCCCCAACACGCUCGUUAUGGGGAUCCCAUUGCUCAAGGGCAUGUACGGGAACGCGUCGGGGACCCUCAUGGUCCAGAUAGUGGUGCUUCAGUGCAUCAUCUGGUACACUCUGAUGCUGUUUUUGUUUGAGUAUAGGGGUGCGAGACUUCUCAUCGUGGAGCAGUUUCCCGACACUGCAGGGUCCAUUAUCUCGUUCAAGGUUGACUCUGAUAUCUUGUCCUUGGAUGGGAAGGAACCGCUUCAGACUGAGGCUGAAGUUGGUGACGAUGGGAAGCUUCAUGUUACUGUCAGAAAGUCCACUAGCUCGCGCUCUGAGAUAUUCUCGCGGCGCUCGCAUGGUCCUAACUCAGUUUCGUUGACUCCGAGGCCUUCCAAUUUGACCAAUGCAGAGAUUUACUCGCUGCAGUCUUCGAGGAAUCCCACGCCUAGAGGGUCGAGUUUCAACCACACGGACUUCUACUCGAUGGUGAAUAAUGGGAGGAACGUGAGUCCGAGGCAGAGUAGUUUUGGGGGGGUGGGUUUUGAUGAGGAGAGUGGUGUGAGGGGUAAUGGGGGCGCAGGAGGGUACCCUGCACCUCACAAUGCGGGGAUUUUUUCUCCGGUGGGGAAGAAGAAGGGUGGUGGUGGAGAAGGUGGAGGGAAGGAUCUUCACAUGUUUGUGUGGAGUUCGAGCGCUUCUCCGGUAUCGGAAGGUGGGAUCCAUGUGUUCAGAGGUGGGGAUUAUGGGAACGACCAGCUUCCUGUUGGUGGGGUGGCUCACCAGAAAGAUUAUGAUGAUUUUGGUCACGAUGAGUUUAGCUUCGGGAACAGAACCGUGGCUAAUGGGGUGGACAAGGAAGGGCCAGUACUUUCCAAGCUUGGUUCAAGUUCCACGGCUGAGCUUCACCCUAAAGCACAAGGAGAAUCCAAACCUACGUCCAUGCCACCCACAAGUGUUAUGACAAGACUUAUUCUGAUUAUGGUUUGGAGAAAGCUGAUUAGGAACCCCAACACAUAUUCCAGCCUCUUUGGUCUCACUUGGUCUUUGAUCUCAUUCAAGUGGAAUGUUGUUAUGCCUGCGAUUGUUGCUCGAUCCAUAUCCAUUUUAUCUGAUGCUGGGCUUGGGAUGGCAAUGUUUAGCCUUGGGUUAUUCAUGGCAUUGCAACCAAAGAUUAUUGCAUGUGGAAACUCGGUUGCUUCCUUUGCCAUGGCAGUUCGUUUCCUCACUGGACCUGCUGUCAUGGCUGUGGCUUCAAUAGUUGUAGGGCUCAGAGGAGUUCUGUUGCACAUUGCUAUUGUACAGGCUGCUCUGCCGCAAGGGAUUGUCCCUUUUGUGUUUGCCAAGGAAUACAACGUUCAUCCUGACAUCCUUAGCACCGGGGUUAUAUUUGGGAUGCUAAUUGCUCUUCCUAUUACACUAGUUUACUACAUUUUGCUUGGGCUUUGA